AUGGCUAGAAUACGCCGUUCGAACCACAGCAUCGAGCACCAAAGCACCAAGGGCCAUAGCACGGAAAGCGAAACAAUCAAAACCCUACGGCUCCAGCUACGCGAAGCCCGCGAGAGUGAUCUCGCCGACUUCCACGAAAUGCUCAGCAGCGGCGACGUAAUGCGAUACUGGGCUUGGCCCACCCAUACCUCCAUCGACCAGACAAAAUCGUACCUCAACGACAUGAUCGCAUCGGCUACAAACGGAGAUAUGGAAUUCGCCAUCGUGCUCCCUGCUCCUAUGCCUGUCGACCGUUUUUCCACCGCUGUCAGUAAAGACAAAGUCAUAGGCACAGCAGGAAUCUGGGACGAAGCAACAGGUGAAAUUGAACUCAUGCUCCACCGCGAUUCUUGGGGCCAGGGUUACAUGAGCGAAGUAUUGACGACGCUCAUACCUAUAUUCUGGCAAAAGGGGUUGCAAAAAGUCAUUGCGGAUGUGGAUCCGAGGAACAAGGGUAGUAUUAAAUUGCUGAAUAGGUUUGGCUUCGUGGAAACGCGUAGGGAGAAGAAUACUUUCGAGACUGAUAUUGGGUGCCCAUUCCUACCGGAGCGUCGCGCGCUGAAGCCCAAGUUCUCAACUUUUGAUAACGGGGUCCGAGUGUCGAACAUAUCCGCAGCAGGCUUGCUCAAAGGUAUCACGACAAGUCCUCGGGUUGCGCUCUACGUGGAGGAGUUUGCCAUCACUAGCUGGCGUGACCGUUGGGAGAAUGAAGAAAAGGCAGUCAACACACCCAUGGCAUUCGAUCCACAAGCUGAGGAGGAGGGGCGUCGCUACCGCCACACACCUUACGCGGAAGAAGACUUGAAACUUUUGGAACGAGCGGCGAAGAGGGUUGAACCCGUUGUCGGCGACGUCGAGUCUCUUGUCGAGGGAAUCAAAAGGUGGAAGUGA